AUGCAACUCAUCAUUACCACCAACAAGGGAAUUUGUUCGAGUUUCAAAGAACUGAACGAAGAAUUGAUCCUUUCAAGCCAUCGAGUGAAAACAACAAAACGAAAAAAUCAAAGCUACAAAAAAGUAUGCAGUAUUGAAACUCGUGGGCAAUUCCACAAAACGAAACGAGUCGUGGAUCAAGAUGUGGUGGAUUUCAUGAGGAGUCAAUUUGUCAAACAUUAUUCCACUAUUGACAUGACAUUAAGUGAAAAAACAAAAUCUUCAUUUCAUACUAUUUUGCAUGUAUAUGCCCAUGAUGGAACCUUUGGACUUCGUUACGAUCGUGUCAUUGAUGCGAAUCAUCCAAGAGCAUGCCUUCGAGCACAUCACCUUGUUCAAAUCUUGGAACCCUAUCUGCAAAGUCAUCCCGAAUGCACUUGUAUUAAAUUGCAUGUCUGUUUCUCAGGUGUGGAUUACAAUGGAACUGUCAAAUCCUAUGCAGAGCAAUUAAGGGAUGAAAUUGAACAAAUAAUCAUGAACGAUAUUAUUCCUCAACAAAUCAUGACAGUGGAAGGAGUGGAUGGUUGGUCCAUACUUGGUUUCAAUAUUUCAAACAGUGGGGAAUAUUAG